UCCCUCUUCCAUAGCUAGAAUUUCUAGAGAUCCAAAAAAAAACUAAACUGAUGGUGAAGGUAACACAGAGAUUGGGCGGGCUGGUACUAAGAUUUGCGGCAUUUUGCGCUGCAUUAGGGGCGGUUAUCGCAAUGGUCACCAGCCGCGAAAGAUCUUCCUUCUUUGUCCUCUCCCUAGUGGCUAAGUAUAGCGAUCUGGCAGCGUUUAAGUACUUCGUGAUCGCAAACGUGAUUGUUAGCGUUUAUAGCUUUCUCGUUUUGUUUCUUCCGAAGGAGAGUUUGCUGUGGAAGUUCGUAGUUGUCUUAGACUUGAUGGUGACGAUGUUGUUGACGUCAAGCUUAUCAGCGGCCGUGGCGGUAGCACAAGUGGGGAAGAGAGGAAACGCAAACGCAGGAUGGUUACCAAUUUGCGGCCAAGUGCCAAGAUUCUGCGAUCAGAUAACCGGAGCUCUAAUCGCCGGUUUAGUCGCACUGAUUCUCUACGUGUUCUUGCUCAUCUUCUCUAUCCACUCCGUUGUCGACCCGUUUCUUCUCCGAAAAUCUUGAAUCAAAAAUAAUUAUAUGAGAUUCCAAGACCAAAUACUCUCGUAUAAAUACAUAUAAAAAUUUCGUACUGUUGACUUUUCUUUUUCACAUUGUCUUCGCUUUGAGAAUCAAAUUGUUUUUGUCAUUUUUGAUACUAUUUCACAUGCUAAACCUCUUUCC